AUGAGUAGUAAGAAGAUAAUUUCUCCAGCUUCACCUUUAGCUUUGUAUAAUUUGGUUUCUGCAAUCUGUUGGGGGUUUAUCUUAUACAGCGUUGUGUUUGUUUACCCUAUUAUUGGUCAACCAGGUUUUUAUGCCAAGACAAAGAAUGUCGUUACAAUUGUCCAAUGUGGUGCAAUCAUCGAGAUUGUUAAUUCUCUAUUAGGUAUUGUGCGUUCUCCAUUGUUGACUACUGCUGCUCAAGUCGCAUCUCGUUUAUUGGUAGUUAUUGGUAUUUUCCAAUAUUUGCCAUCAACCCCUGCCGCAAGUGGUAUUGCUUAUAUAACUUUACUAUCUGCUUGGUCCAUUACUGAAAUUGUAAGAUAUCUAUUCUACUUUUUCUCUUUGACUAGUGAAAAUGGUGCUCCAAAAUUCCUAUUACUAUUAAGAUAUAAUUUAUUCAUUGUUUUGUACCCAACUGGUGUCGCCAGUGAAUUGACAAUUAUUUACUCUUCAUUAGCUGUUGCUGAAGAAUUGUAUUCAACUCAAUUGAAAUGGUUCUUGGUUGGUACCAUGCUAACUUACAUCCCAGGUUUACCAAUGUUGUUCGGACACAUGGUUGCCCAAAGAAAGAAAGUCAUGAAAUCUCUAAGGGAAUCAUCAAAGAAACAAAACUGA